GGUGAGAGGCCCCCAUACAGGCCUUCAGCUUCACUGUAGUUUUGUGCAGCUCUUGGCCUGCAUGGUGCCACUCAUUAAAUGUUGACCUGAAGUGAGUUUCCCGACUUGCUCGCUCGGCUUGAUCAGUGUUUGUCCUCUCGGAUGACAGAGAUGUCCAGCUAUUGGCCGAGACCAGGAGGGCACGUCAUCUCCAUCAAUCAGGGACUGCUGUUUUCUCCUCUGAGGAAUGUCCCCCACGGUCGUCCAGCAGCCUGACCAUGCGUUACUGGAUGCAUGAGAGGCCGGGCAUUAAGUGAAACCCCGUCCAAUGAUUAUGCAGGGGGAGAGGUGAUAAUGACUUCCUAUCAAGAGUUAACGGCCGAAGGGGAGAAUAGCCCUCUGUUCACGGGCUGCUGCCGAGCAAAAGAGGUCAUAAACCGGGACCUGGACGGCAGGGCUCAUCUUGAACUCGCCAGUCGUGAUGAGGAGGGGAAACUGGAGGUUGAAGUAGCCCCAGGAUUGAAUACACCGCAUCCCCGGUACUUAACUCUCUCCAACAGUUUGACUCUGUGCACCUCUUUGGACAGCCCUCCUCCUCUUCCACCUCCUCCUCCUCCACCGUGUGAGACUCUCGAGGGCUUCCCGACACCGGCCUGCCCCCACUCGUCCCGUGUCCCCUGGCGGUGCAGGGCGCAGGGCAGGCAGGGCUCUCCAGGACGCGGAUACUGCGCGUCAAAUGGCAACGAAACACCGCCGUCCGGCUUUGGGUCACUUCCAGAUCAUAUUCAGAUCUACUCUCAUAAUGGCCCCGAGAUUCACGUCGCCGUGGGGAGUUCAUCAGGAUCGGACUGUAACGUAGCUGAUAUGGAUGUAAACAGUAAAACUUUUGAGUGGAUGAGAGUGAAGAGGAGUCAGCACCGGGCGGCCAGGAUGCACAUGACCUGUGGGUUCAGCAUUGUUGGCUCGGGUCUUGGUGUUGUGGAGGCUGGAAGCAGCAGCAUCUGCAUGGAUGGCCAUCCCACGGUGAACGGGGCCCCAAGGACCAGCUUCAGCACCAAGCAGCUGACCGAGCUGGAGAAGGAGUUCCACUUCAACAAGUACCUGACGAGGGCCAGACGGGUGGAGGUCGCCAGCGCCCUGCAGCUCAGCGAGACGCAGGUGAAAGUUUGGUUUCAGAACAGACGCAUGAAGCAGAAGAAAUUACAGAGAGACGGGCUCCUCUCCGACCCGGGGCUCGCGGCUCCGCACUCACACUCCGACACUCUGGACACCUGCCCCUCUCCUGGACCGUCCUCGCCAAAACACCUGCCCCUGAACUUCUGAGCCGCAGGAGCUGCAUCAUGCGUUACACAGCAAGGGCGGCUGCCUGCAGAUGUUUUGAUUCCCGUUUGCAUCGGUUUCAAUCAGGCUUCACCAUUAUUUGCUUACUACGAUGGAUGCUUAUCGCAAGAAGCGCAAGUUUCUUCAUGCAAGAACGGGUCAAAACAAUUUGUCAUUCUCCCCGGCUUCAGACUGGCGCUCUGAUUUGAAUAUUAAAAUUCAAGUCAUCCCAUUGCGCUCCUAUCUACACAAUGUAAACGAAGAAACAAAAUUAUAUUAAUUGACCGUAGAAACUGUGGCAGACUAUUUGUUUAUUUCUGAUGUGCAAUUUAUUCAGGAAAUGACUCUACUUGAAUCUGUUUAUUCUGCAGGACACGUGCUUCGUAGUUUUGUUUAAAAUAACACAAACGAAUAUUUUUUUAUUUAUUUAAGGUCGACAUUUGUGUUUAUUUUAUUGACACGGAAAGAAAAUACGUUUUUAGUCAGUUUUACUAAUUAUUCCUCGAAAUAACACUGUUGCUCUUAGUCUUAAUCAAUAGAGGAUCCAACUUUAUGGAGAAUUAUUUUAUUAUAUCUUUCAAAUAAUAAUAAUAAUAAUAAAAGACCACAUUUCAGGGGGAAAAGUCAGCUGCACCUGUUGUAGACAAACAUCUUCAGUCUGAUGUGAUGGCUGAUAAUUAUGAGGCUAAUUUAGCAGAGCUUUAAUGCUGCUUUGAUGUUGUAUAUUUUGUCCGGUUUUAAGGGUUUUCAUUAUCCGUCGUCCAUGGAGAGAUUAAAAUGCCAUAAUUGACUGAUAGAUUUAUUGACCGCUCGUAUUAAGAGUAUUGAUCCGUGGUGAUCCAUCUAUUUGAGUCACAAAUCUGGGAGCGUUUGCAUGCAUCUGUAACUGCAUGUUAAUGGAAUGUAGAAACAUCACGAUCGGGAGUUGUUGCGUCUUUUAUUACCCCUAUACAUGCAUCAGAAAAAUGAUAAUUUAGCUUGAACACUCAUGCGGGAGGAGAAGACAAUAAAACGCUGUCUGUGCUGUUUUGCAGAUCAACCAAUAAAUUGCGUGGCCCCAGCAGUUCGAGCAGCUAAAUAUUCCUUCCAGAUUCACAUCUCAUCUCUUAUAAAGUAGCCUAAAUGAUUGUAAACUCGGCCCUUAAACGCUGUUAUGUUCCCGGUAUUGCAAUGCGUUUCUGUCAUGUUAAUGUCUAUCCUAAUAUCAAGAUAUGAGCCUUUAGCCCUUUAAUUCUCUGCUUGGGAAUAUUUUUGUUCAGCUUUCAAUUAGCGUGUGUUUGCACUGGAUGUGACGAUCAAAGCGGAUAUUAAUGACAACAAAGGGAUUCAAGUUAAAGCAGCUGAGAGUUUUCGCUUAGGAAUAAAAUAGUAAUAAAAGCUAGAACCAAAUUGAAUUAAUUAUAUGAACUUUUAACAGGUGUCCUCACUGGAAUUAGUCGUCUAAAUAAAAUACUACAAGUAAUAUAAUAAUUACACAGUGGAGUGGACAUGGAGGCUGCAAGGCCAAACUAAUGUAUGCAGUUACACCAGAGUUCACCUCUCACCUCUUGACCUUUGUCUUGCCUCGGGACAACGAUGACCCGGUCAGCGGCUCACAGAGAGAAAGAUGCACCAUUAAUUUGGGUGACCUCGAAGUCUGAGCUUUUUCUUUCUUUUUCUUUCUUUCUUUCUUUCGUUUUCUCUCUCUCUCUCUUUUCCACCAAUAACUCGGAUUGCUUUUGUUCUGGUAGUGCAUCUCUAUGUCCACACAAUAAUAUUUCAUCGAGCUGAAUAGAGGGGCGACCAGGCCAUAUGAUAAUUGUUCAAAUUAUAAUUCCAUACCAGGCCACAUAAUGCAUUUUUUUCCCUCUACACCUAGAGCUAACCUAAUUUUUGCCCUAUCUCUUAUUUUAAUAAGCAAAAAAAAUAUGCUCCUGGCUCACUUUAUAAACUGGAUGAAGGAGUCUUUUUCACCCACUAGGUUUUUUUGAUAUAAACUACAGACCUAUUUUUAAUAGCAAAGUUGAAAAAUUAAAGUUACUGUAGCAUACUUAACACUUAAUAUGAUUUUAUAUCAGAGCCAGUAUAAACAGAAUUUAGAACAACUAUUCAUUACAUGCCUGCUGCUUAUAUAUUUCAUGCAUAUCUGCUUGAAUAAUUUUUAAAAGAUUUAGACAUUAAUCCCCUCCAAACAAUAUCUUUUAUGAUGUUUAUCUCAUUAAUUUUAGGCUGAAGGCUGGGAAUAAAAGUUCAAGCUUAAAGGUCUGCAGAGGAGUUUUUGACAGUGCACAGCAUUUAAAAGUUUCAUUUGUAAUUGAUACGAAUGAUUUUACAUGCAAGCUAGACUAAAAAAUGUGUUGAGCCCAAUUUAUUUUAAAUUUGCAUUUAAACAAAAUGCAAACCAUUGAGGCCGCCUUUCUCUAAACAAAAUAGCACAAAUUGGAAUGUUUAACAAAACCAUCAAAUGUGUCGUCUUCUUUUAAUGCAAAUAAGUGUGCUCCUGUGAAGGUCAUGAGGAUGACGAUGAAGACAAUGGUGGUGAAAUGUGAUGAUGAAGCCCAUGAAUAUAAAAAUGGUCUCUCAUGUCCACUGUUCCUACAGAGAAGUGUGUUAGGUUGACCUUAUUAGAAACUCUUUUAUCAUCUUGUGCAAAUAUGUUCCCUUGCCACAGGGCUUCAAGUUACAGGUUGUAAUGUGCAGAGAGGAUGUUUGCAGCAGGUGUGCACUCAGACUUUUUUUUUUUAAUCCAAACUUACUUCAUCACACUUUUUACUGUAUAAUAGAUUCAUUUAGAAACGGCACGACGAUUUGAAAUAGUAAGAAGAAAAUGUGUGGCGGGGGG